GCUUUCUUUUUUGUGCAACCCCAAUCAACCAAAACUAUGACGUAUUUCUCAGGGAGCUGUCUGCAAGGAAGGGAGCCCGACCUCACCCAAUAAGAAACUUUAAUUUCCACCGAUCUCCUUCUUCCAAUGGUAACAUAUUUUUUACAUAUAGCAGAGACCAACAUUGAGCCCUACUAGAUAUGCACGUCGAUCGCACCUGAACUUCGUGAGUGACUUACACUCAAGUUUUAAGUUGAGAAAUUUAAUCCCCAGGUUCAGUUUAUAUGAGAGAAUUCCCAAGCCAUAAUUUAUCGCACAGCCUCCCAGCAGCAUGGUGAAGAAGGUGACUAUAGACCCAAAGCGGGUAACCUGGGCGUUGGAGGAUAUGGAUAAACUGAAGAGAUAUAUCUGCCUGGGCUCGGAAACUCCAACUGCCAGAGUUGCCGAAGAUCACGAGAAAGAUCACUGCGAAAACGUCAUUCAGAUGGUCAAGACGGGCAGCCAAGGUCCACAAGUGGUAGAACUCCUGAAAGAGUACAGCGUCAAGGGUUACGUUGCAUGUCAGAAACCCUUGAUCCGGUGCCUCGCAAUUUGUGUCAACAUUGGAGAUGGAGAGACCAAGAAGGCGGCAUUGAAGGCUAUGCCAGAAAUCUGCAGGAUACCAACGGACCUGUUCCUGUUUGUUCAGUACUGUGUUCAAGGACUGGGGCAGCCUAAAGUGAAAAACGAAAAUGGUUCGUGGGGUCGGGCAAUGCGUACCGCAGUAAGCCAGUGGUAUUUGACAAAAGAGCCCAAGAAUUUGGCCUACUUGAUGACCAAGUAUCGCAAGCGUUAUGGAUGGUCCCAUGUCAAUCUGUUUAAUCUGACACAUCCAAAACCAACAAAUGAAGCCAUGGCUGCAAUCUUCACAUAUGAAAUGAAGGGCCUGGAAGCCAUGACCAGUAAGCUAAAAGAUAAGAACUUAUCCGAUGAUGUGAAGGACUUAGUGGCAUACUUAAAGGCCGUCCAUGAGGUGAAGCACAGCACAGACAUUCACCUCAUCACUACCUACAUAGAGGAACAUAGCCUUGUCUGGGAACAUGUGCCCUCCAAUACUUUGAAGCUCAAGGAAGUAUGGCAGGCGUUACUCCCUAAGAUGCCUACCACGGCCAUGCUGCGGAACUUAUUUAGACUGGCUGCCCUGGGACUGCUGCAGCCUGGCAGUACAGGGAGCACAGUGGUCAUUGAGAGACUCAGAAAUGAGAGCAAGUUAAGAGAAGCAAGAAUCCAUCCAUUUAACCUGCUGGUGACUCGGAAGGCAUAUAACAAGGGUAAGACAUCAGGCAAACCAGCCCGGCCAUUCACUGGGAAGGGCAAGGGAAAACCUAAAGAAAAACAAGGCAAAGAGUGGACUCCAAAUAGUGAUAUUGUCAAAGCUUUGGAUGAGGCUUUUUACACCUCAUUUAAGUGUCUUAAACCAACCAAGAAGAGCUACCUCAUGGCAGUAGAUGUCAGCCAGACGAUGCACCGAGGACGCGUCAACGGAACCAAAGAACUCUGUGCCAUUGAGGCAGCGGCUGCCAUGGCUAUGGUGAUUGCUAGAUCAGAAGAGAAGUACGAAUUUGUAGCUUUCGCAAAGAACCACCCAGAUGGCUUGAGUCCUGUAGAGCUGAGAAGCGACAGCACAUGGGAAGAUUUAAUGUUGAAUCUGAAAGUCCAGGAGGGUAAAACUGACUGUGCUCUACCCAUGCUCUGGGCCAAGAAACACCAGAAACCAUACGAUGUCUUCAUGGUGUUCACUGACAGCGAGACCCUCCCCACUGACGUCCAACCCAAAGAUGCACUGGCAGAGUACAGGGCUGCUGUCAAGGGGGGAGAGGAAGCAAGGUUGGUGGUAUGUGCAAUGAACAGCCAGGGGUUUACUAUAGCUGACCCCAAUGAUGCCAGGAUGCUGGAUGUGGUGGGCUUUGCCCCCGAUACACCAGAGAAGAUCCACCAGUUUGUGCUGGAUUUUAACCCGGAUUUCCAGCCAGCAAUGCAAGAAGAUCCCUGAUGAAAACGAGGCUUGGUUGCGGAGAUCAGGCUUUGAGGAACAGUUCUUCUUGUGCUGGAAGUAUGGGAGUUUGCUUCAAGUUCACUAUUGUGGGUAUAUUACCCUAUAUUUAGACCUGACAACCUCAUUGUUUGGUCUGUUUGGUGUAUUCAAGUUGCUUCUUAUAUUUAUGUCAGAAUGACAGGUUUACUGCAUUUGAAAUGGCAAAUCUGAGAUUGUGAUGAAAAAAAGACCAAGAGUAAUCUGUGCAUAAUUUUGAUGACCUUGCCUGAUCCCUUUCCUCGUGUUUUAGCAAUAAGAAAUUUGCAUGAGCUUCCCAACGUAUGUCUUGACCUACUAGCUAGAAAAAAGGAAAGAAAAAGAAAGGAAAAAAGAACAAAAAAAUGAAAUUUAUAUUUUAAAACAUAACAGUGAACGGUGAUUUGUUUCAUUCAAUUUAUUUGCGAUUGGUGAAUAUGAACAUGCACUGUUAUGAGUAAAAAAAAUCUCUAUAAUGAAGGCUGAAUUGUUUUAUUGUUAUUUAUAUGUUUCUUUUUAACUGUUCUCAAAUCAGACUGCUUAUUUAUGUACACAAGUUAAGGUUUAGAAGAAAUGUCCUGGCUUGGUGGAUUUUGGUGCUUAGAUAUCAGACAGCUGUGAAAAGUUUGAACUGUGAAAAGUUGAUCAUUAUGAAAAUCAUGAUACAAAUUCAAGAAAUGACUUUAUGCAGUGGUAUCUACUUCAUGGGAAUUUUGAUACUAUUUUAUGGUGAAUAUGCUGUGGCCAUUUGACUGCCAGACAUAGCACAUGGUUUAAUAGAUCUAAUCACUUAACCUUUUUAUAUAUCUGUUAAUUUUCAUUUGCAUUCUUUGUACAUACAUGUCUGUUUGUAUGCAGAAGUACUUCUGGUUGAAGUACUGGGUAUUAAUGGCAAUACAUUUCCUGGAGUUAAUUGACCAUAAUUAUUGAAGCUCUGCUUUAUUGAGAGUAUUGAAAAGUAAAAGACUUGUCUUGCAAGGAUGAGAACUAGACACUGCUCAAACCUUACCCAUGUUCAUCCACAAAAUGGUACAUCUUCAAUACUCCCUUCGAGUCUGAUUUGUAUUUUAACAGUGAUGGUAGAACGUAUACGUCCUUUAGCAUUCCUAUUUUCAUUUUCAUGACCUGUGAUGCAGUAAAGCAGUGUGCUUAUUGAAGAUUGUAUCUUCUACUGACAUUUUGAAAACCCAAGGUCAUUUCUGCCGCGGGUUCUGUUAUAUACAGGCCUUGUGACAGGAAAGUGUAAAUAGGAGUGCUAGAGUACAACUGUUAGCACUUCACUGGUCAUCAGGUUGUCAGAUUUUUUUUUUCUUCUGAAAACCACUGUACAGCACGGUCAUACUGGCAACCAUGUAUAUCAACAUGUCAAAAAAAUUGUUGUUCUGAAGUCAUUUGCUUUAUUUUGAUAUGCUUUUUUUUAAGUUUAUAGAAUUACAAAUGUGGGAUAUUAAAGAAGUUCCAAUGCUGGACCAACCAAAAAAUUGCAAUAAUUCCAGAAAUUAGCCUCAUUUUGAAGAAUGAGACGAUUUCUCAACUCUCCUCAUUCAUUUCAUGUCAUCAGUUAUAAGUUUAAUUGUCGGGUUUAAUUUUCAUAAAAGAAGAAUGAAAGAAGCGUGUGACUUUCUUUUCGUGUUUUUUUUUUUUUUUUUUUCUGAGUCUGUACAAAACAAGACCAGAAUUGAGACAGUUACUUGUACUCAAAACAAUUGGGAAUCUUAUGUGUUAGCUUAACAAUCUUUGAAUCAUAUCUAAACCAUGCUGAUGAAUAUAUUUAUGCUCAGAAUCAAGAUGUGAAAAUAAAUAUAACUUUCUUUUUUGAAAGAACGAUCAAUACAUUUAUAUUAGAAAUUGUUUUCUAGUUAGGAUCUUCUUGUUUAAUAUAUAUAUGAUAAAGUAUCCACAACAGAUUACUACAUUGCAGUUUCAGAACAUUACCCUCUUAUUAAAAUCUAACUUUUUCUGCAGAAGGGUCUUGAAUGUGCAUCAAGCACAAUGUCACAAAUUAUUUUACAAAAUUUUACAAUAUCUUAGAGAUUUUUCAUCAUUCAGAGUGACUAGCUUUGUUAACACGAGUCUUAGGUGUCACAUUAAACUGUAGUAAUACCUUUACUUAGGGUUGUCUUUUAUUGGUGCUGUGAUGCUAUCUACCUGCUUUUUGGAACUAUUACAAUAGUCAUACUUUGUUUUAGAAUAAAUGCUAUGACUGAAAGGUGUUGUUCUUUUUAUUCUUUAUCAUAUUUUUCAUAAGUAACUUACAAUAAUCCUUCCACUGCAACAUCAAAUGAAAGUUCCUAUCAAGAUGUGCAUUAAUCACAAAACUGC